AGAAGGGGACAGUUGGAUUGACAGCGGAGCUAUUUCCGCCGACGACUGGAGCUCCGCCGGUCACGCUGCCUGCAGCCAGACAUGGCGGGUUACCUGAGAGCUCUGAGCACCGUGUGGAGGAGCGCGGCCGCUCCGCUGUCGCCAAGCCCCGCGGCGCUUUCGCCAGCUGCCGCCUGCAUUCAGAGACCGCAGCAGAGGGACUAUUCAACAAAGCGCAUCAAAGUGGACAAGCCGGUGGUGGAGAUGGAUGGAGAUGAGAUGACUCGCAUCAUAUGGGAGUUCAUUAAAGAGAAGCUCAUCUUACCAAACGUGGAGGUAGACCUGAAAUAUUUUGACCUGGGUCUACCCUAUCGAGACCAGACGGACGACCAGGUCACCAUCGACUCGGCUCUGGCUACUAAGAAAUACAACGUGGCUGUCAAGUGUGCCACAAUCACGCCUGACGAGGACAGAGUCGAAGAGUUUAAGCUUAAGAAGAUGUGGAAGAGUCCCAACGGUACCAUCAGGAACAUCUUGGGGGGCACAGUUUUCCGUGAGCCAAUCCUGUGUAAGAACAUUCCCCGUCUCGUUCCUGGUUGGACACAGCCCAUAACCAUCGGCAGGCAUGCAUUUGGAGAUCAGUACAGGGCCACAGACUUUGUGGUGGACAAGCCUGGGAAGUUUAAGAUGGUGUUCGCUCCAGCAGAUGGAAGCAAGCGGCAAGAGUGGGAGGUCUAUGAUUUCCAGGCUGGAGGCUGUGGGAUGGGAAUGUACAACACUGACGAGUCCAUCAGUGGCUUUGCUCACAGCUGCUUCCAGUAUGCCAUCCAGAAGAGGUGGCCUCUGUACUUGAGCACCAAGAACACCAUCCUCAAGGCCUACGAUGGCCGCUUCAAAGACAUCUUUGAGGAGAUAUUUGAAAAAACGUACAAGCCAGAGUUUGACAAGCUGAAGAUCUGGUAUGAGCACCGGCUCAUUGACGACAUGGUGGCCCAGGUUCUGAAGUCCAGCGGAGGAUUCGUUUGGGCCUGCAAAAAUUACGACGGAGAUGUGCAAUCAGAUAUUCUGGCUCAGGGCUUUGGCUCUCUGGGUCUAAUGACUUCGGUACUGGUGUGCCCUGAUGGCAAGACUAUUGAGGCAGAAGCUGCUCACGGCACUGUCACCAGGCAUUACCGGGAACACCAAAUAGGCAAACCGACCAGCACCAACCCCAUUGCGAGUAUCUUUGCCUGGACCAGAGGACUGGAACACAGAGGAAAACUGGAUGGAAACUCAGAUUUGAUAAACUUCUGUCAGACAUUAGAAAAGGUGUGUGUGCAAACGGUGGAGAGCGGGGUGAUGACCAAAGACCUUGCAGGCUGCAUCCACGGCUUGGCCAAUGUCAAGCUGAAUCAGCAUUAUGUCAACACAUCUGACUUCCUGGAUGCCAUUAAGAUCAACCUGGACAAAGCUUUAGGAAAGUAAAGAGACAACACAAUCAGAUUUAGUAGCAUUGACCUAAUUUUUACCUUCUGUCUUGCGUGUGGAUGGAUUGUAUAUUUUUGAUAAAGAAGCGAUUGUGACUUUUAUUUACUUCCUGUUCAGUGCCCAUACUCUUUCUUUUUGAAAUGUUUUUAUACUGCAUAAAGUAAAUUAGUAAGGGUACAACACACAUGAAGUUUAAAGAUAACUUAUGACUAACAAGAAAGUUUUAGGCUUUUAGUUUUAAUCUGAGGCAUUGGCAGAGAACAUUAUAUGCAAAUCUGAACCAUGUUGGAAGUAUUGUCAUUCAUAUAAAAAUGUUAAUUAACAACAAAA